AUGAAUCUAGUUCAAGAAAUGGUUCAAUUUUUGGAUGUUGCAACCAAAUCGAGUACAGAAUUAUCCAUGCUCUUUUCAGUUCAAUCGAAAUAUUACAAUGAUACGAAAGGAAAUGGAAGUUUUGUCGAGCCAAUCACUCGAUUCUCAACAGUUGUUGCUCCAAAAUUGUAUACCUAUUCAAACUCCUUGUCUAUGGUUUAUUAUGGAAAUGAUAAUGGUGAUUUUGCAUUUGCUGAGAGGUCUAGCACUGGUCCAUAUUUGUACCUUUCUCAGAACAUUUUUCAGGAUCAAUUUAGUGAACUGUUCAAGAAUAAGACAUUCCCUGCUUCGAAUAAUAUUUAUGUGUUUCUUACGAAUGAUUAUUUUGAGCCCUAUCUUCAAAAGAGUAAUACAGUAUUUAGGAUUUUGUACAAUUCAACAUAUGAUCCGAGAGUGAGACCGUGGUACACUGCCACUGAAUCAUUGGAAAAGGGAAAACCAGUUUGGAGUAAUGUAUUUGUGGAUGUGAAUGGAAAUUUAAGUAUUGCUGCCAGUUUAGUUUUGAAUAAUUUGAAUAGUAUCAAACCCUCCUUCAAGGAAGUGAUUGGUGUUCAUGUGAUUUUCAAAAAAAUUCAAACCUACCUGUUAGGACUCUAUUCCUAUACGAAUAAUUUGAUGAUUUUGAUGGAGAAUAAUGGAAAUUUACUCACUUCCAAUGAAGAUAGCUUUCCACUCACUUAUUCCAACUUGUCGAGAGUGAACAUAUCCUCUUUUACCUCUGCCACUAAGUUUUCAAAGGAGGAGAAAUCAUUCUGGGGAUUGAGCAAUGAAAAGCUAGAUCUCAUUGAAAAGAUUUCCAAUGUAAUGGUUUCUAACAAUUUACUAGAUAAGAGAUUUAAUGGAACUGUUCCGUGCACUUCUGAAACUUUUCAAGCAACACAGGUUGCAGACAUUCCAGAUCAAUUCUGUAUUCUGAAUCGAUUUGUAGCCAUCAAGCAGUAUAACACAUCAACUUCUUUUGUGAGUGUGAGUCGUUUGAUUGAUGCAUGUGGCAUGGAUUUCUAUUUUAUAGUGAGCAGAACGUAUUACUCAUUCGCUGAUGUAUUGGUUGACCAUUAUGUUGGUCUAUUGGUUGUUCUUGUAGUUACUGUUUUGAUUGGUACACUGGCUGUACUGGCUCUCACAUCAUGCAUCUCUUAUUCACUCUUCUUUGUCUCUAGAAAAUUGUAUUACAUUUCCAAGUUAAGACAAGGGGACAAACCAAAGCAAAGUUUAGCUUACAAGGCACAACGAGCCAUCAAUAUGAUAUUCUAUGAGGUUCACACUUUACAAAAAUGUUUGGAUAGUGUAGAAAGAGCCAACUCGAGUUUUAUCAAGUACAUUCCAAGAAGUGUUGUCAAGUUUAUUGUGGAAGGUUCAUCAAGUGCCAAACUAGGAAUGAUUAACGCUGAAAUUACAAUAGUAUUUACAGAUUUAGCCAAUUUUACAAAUAUCAGUGAGUCAUUGUCAAUUCACAAUUUGCUUUUAGUUAUUUCCAGAUAUUUUGAAGUUGUCACGUCAAAUGUUCAAGAAUGUGGAGGAAUAAUUGACAAAUAUAUUGGAGACGGUUGCAUGGCAUUGUUCAAUACUCCCUAUCAACCAGUCACUCAUCAUGCAGAACAUGCUUGUAAGGCUGCAAUCAAAAUUGUCAAGGGAUUGAAAAAACUAAACAAGGAAAUGGAAGAAAUUUACAAGAUGAAACUUCCAACAGAAAUUAGUGCACGAGUUGGUGUUAAUACUGGCAGCGCACUGAUUGGAAAUAUUGGAACUCAUGAUAGAUUGAACUUUACUGCUGUUGGCGAUUGUGUAAAUGUUUCAAGUCGUUUGGAAUCUCUCAAUAGAAUGUAUGGAACUAAAAUAUUGAUUGGUGAAGGAAGUGUUUCCACCUUCAAAGGAAUUGACAAGCUCAGAGGAGAAACAAAGGACCAUUUUUCAACCAUGCUCGAUCAAAGAGAAUUUUCUCUCUCUGAUCUCUCACAAAAAAUGAUGAAUUUGGUAGAAUUUCAAGUAGCCACUCCAAAGACACACGAGAGUGUCGCUGCUCAGGCAUCUGCUGAUUUGGGAAAGGAAAUGAGCUUUAGCUCUUCUUCCAAUAAUUUGAAAGCCACAUCAACUUCAUCCUCUCAGGACACUUCUCUGCCGCAAGUUGUGACCUACUUUAUCGAUACCAUUUGCUUGAAAGGUAAAAAUCAACCUGUUCCAGUAUUUGCAGUUCAAUGUGAUAGAAAAUUAGCGACAUCUGAACAAAUUUACAUUGAAAAAAUGUUGGAUCUGGUUCGUAGAGAGCUAUUGGAAGAGAAACGAUUGAAAGAUGUCAUUCAUUUAUUGCGGAGUUUGAUGCUUUUCUUUGAGGAGAAUCAAUUGACCGAUUCACCAGUAUUUAGAGAACACAACACUGAUCAUUAUGAGUUUAAAUUUGGAGAGGAAAUUCAUACACCUAUUUCUAGCAUCAAUGGAGAAAAGACCGAGGAGGAAAUUUCUACCAAUGUUGAAGGAGAUCCCUAUCCAGUCAUUUACAAGGCCAUUUCGAAACUAAAGGAAAGAUUGGAACUUACCUUAAUGGAACACGAAGCCAAGAAGAGAAAAGUCCAAAUCAACAAGAAACGUAGUUUACUAACAGCACUCUCUAUUGAUACUCGAUCCAAAUCUGAUCCACUCAUUCAUCCAAUACUUCCAAUUAUUCCAGAUUUUUCAACAACUUCACUUUUGGAAGAAAACAACAAUAUUGAAACUGUGGAGAACUCUGAAUCAACACCAACCAUGGCCAAAUAUGAAUAUUAUCGACAAAUGGCCUUGAUGGAAAAUGAAAAUAGAAGAAGCUCAAUGAAAUUGGACGAUUUUGCUUUGGUAUUGCAUGAGAAAUAAAAAAGUGAAAACUUUCCCUCC